AUGAAGGGACUGUGCAAAGUGGCAGCAUCUGCAAUGGCUCUGUUCCUGACAGUGUCCUUCAUAUCUUUCUGCUGGAGUGCACCUCAGGCUCAUUUCCAAAGGAGAAACUGGACUCCUCAGGCUAUGCUGUAUUUGAAGGGUGCACAGGGACGUCGAUUCAUCUCUGAUGAGAGCCAGCAAAAGAAUCUGUAUGGCAGGAUGCAGCUUGAAACACGCAGCCAAAACACAAAUCCUUUCUCUCUUCCUGAAGCUGUGGCGCUCCUCCUUAGCUCCUUAUGGAAAGCACAAGAAGAAGCUGAAGAAGAGAUCAGUGAUCACCCUGGCUACUUGACAGACAAGCUAUCAAGCUGGUGAAAUACCUCAAGGUUCUUUAACAUUUGUAUUGCCCUGAGAUCAUGCCUUGUGUAUUUCCUCCAUCCUCACUUCAGUUCCCAAGGCUGCUGUACAUAUGCCUUGCAAAAUUAUGGAUGCUUCAGAGUUAUUAGAAUGAUUAAAAUUCGUUUGUUCAGGUAAGGGCAGCAUUUGUUAAGUUCCUGCU